CUUGUACCUGCCCCUCACCCGCCCUGAUCUUCCUCUCCCAGCCAAACUUCCCCCAUCCAGCUGCUCGCAUCCCCCGCGUCAGCUGCCCCGCCGUGUCUGGUCGCCGGCCUACACGCAAGCAGGCACAGCGCCCGCCCCACGUUCCACAAUGUCAUCGCUGAAGAAAGUGCUGGGCAAGCUCCGCCCCGGGAGCAAUAGCCAUGGCAGCACGUCCGAGGACGACAGCAGCGGCGUCAGGUCGCCCGUCACGGCUGGCACCCCGCCCCGCACUUCGGCCACGUUUGCCCCUCGCGCGAGCGGCGACUUCAGACGUGCUGAUGUGCCCAUCCGCGCCAGCACCGAUCUGCGUGGCAGCGAGCUGACGUCGCCCACCGACAGCAGAGCCAGCCUGGACGGCGGCGGCCACCGCAAUUCGCUGAGCGGCCUGCUCAACCGCCGCACCGACAGCCCCAGCGGUGCCGGCCAGCGGAAGACGGCGCGCUCGGGCUCGCUCGUCCCCCACAGCCCCAUCCGCGCCGUCAAGGAGAAGCUGCACAUUGGCGACGGCGGCUCCUCGAGCGGCGAGGACGGGCCGCUCAACCGCGAGGGCGAGCCCAUGUCGCGCAACCAACUGCGCAAGCACGAGCGCCAGGCCCACGCCGAGGAGAAGAAGAAGGAGAACCUCGAGAAGGAGAAGCAGCUCGAGGCCCGCCGCCGCGAGAUGGAGGAGCAGGCCGACGGCGACCUGACGCCCGACCAGAAGGCCGCCUACGGCACCAUCCACCCCAACACGUACGCCGGCGAGUGGAAGCACCAGACGCGCGGCAAGAUCGAGGACUUCUCGGCUCGCCACGUCGGCCAGGAGGUCGUCUUCCGCGCGAGAAUCCACCACCUGCGCAAGAUGAGCUCCAAGUUCGUCUUCUUCGUCUUCCGCCAGCAGCUCGUCACCAUCCAGGGCGUGCUGAUGGAGCAUGCCGACAUCUCAAAGUACAUGGUCUACUGGGCCGAGCACCUCGACGUCGAGAGUGUUGUCCUCGUCAGGGGCGUCCUGCAGGAGCCCAAGGCCAAGCAGGGCGAGGUCACGGGCGCCAGCAUCCACGAUGUCGAGAUCUCGGUCCACGGUCUGCACGUCGAGGCUGCCGUCACCGACCACCUGCCCUUCAACGUCUACGAAGCCGAAGUCACCCAGCGGGAAGUCGACGCCGACCUGGCGAGGGCAGACCACCGCGACGGCCACAACCGCAUCAAGAUCGCAGACCGCACACGUCUGAACAACCGUGUCAUCGACUUGCGGUCAACUGCCUCGCAGGGCAUCUUCCGCAUCCAGUCCGGCAUCUGCAACAUCUUCCGCUCCCAGCUCGACUCGGAGGGCUUCAUUGAGAUCCACACCCCCAAGCUCCAGGGUGGUGCUACCGAGUCUGGCGCCAGUGUUUUCAAGAUCGACUACUUUGGCCGCGGUGCCUUCCUCGCUCAGAGUCCCCAAUUGGCCAAGCAGAUGGCCAUCUCCGCCGACUUUGGCAAGGUCUACGAGAUUGGCGCCGUCUUCCGUGCCGAGAACAGCAACACAUAUCGCCACUUGACUGAAUACACGGGUCUCGAUCUCGAGAUGGCCAUCGACGAGCACUACCACGAGGUCCUCCGCGUCCUCGACCGCACGUUCAAAGCCAUCUUCAAGGGUAUCUACGAGCGCUUUCGCCCUGAAAUCGAAGUCAUCAAGCACCACUUUCCUCACGAGGAUCUGGUGUGGCUGGAGCAAACCCCCAUCCUUCCCUUUGCCGAUGCUGUACGCAUGUUGAACGAGACUGGAUGGACAGACGACAACGGGAACCCGCUCGACGAGAACGAGGAUUUGGGUACUAGGGAUGAGGUGCAGCUGGGUCGUGUCAUCAAAGAGAAGCUUGGAACAGACUACUACAUCUUGGACAAAUUCCCCUCCAACGCCCGACCCUUCUACGCGAUGCCAGACCCGUACAACCCCAACGUCACCAACUCCUUCGAUAUCUUCUGCCGUGGCCAGGAAAUCCUCAGUGGUGGUCAGCGUAUUCACGAUGCCGACAUGCUUCUCGAGAAGAUGCGCAAGCUCAAGGUCGACCCUCAGACUAUGGAAGAAUACAUCCAGGGCUUCCAAUGGGGUGCCCCGCCACACGGUGGUGGUGGUAUUGGGUUGGAGCGUAUCCUCAUGCUUAUGCUCAGUCUUGGCAACAUUCGACACGCUUCCAUGUUCCCCCGUGAUCCCAAGAGUCUGCCAGAGAAGGCACUCGUCAAACAGCUGCGUCACCCCGAGGCAAGCACCAUGCAUCCUCCAUGGGAAGGCACAGAUCGCGCAAUCGCCAAGAUCGAUUUCCAGCCCGUCGAGAAGCUCAUUGCAAACUACGGCGAUGCCACAAACACUUCGUGGUUGGAGCCUCGCACAGAGAUCUGGCGCGACGAGACCACCGGUGCAGCUGUUGGCUUCGUGCCCCAAGACGGGUUCGCUAUCACUGUUGGCGAUCCCCUCUGCCACGAGUCUCAAUACCUGAAGACAAUGACGGGCUACCUGAAGUACAUCAAGAAGGACCGCAACCUCAAGCCGCUCUGGCUUCUUGUGAACGAUCCGGUGGAAGAGGUCUUGGCUACUAAGUUCAACUGGCGGACUUUCUCAGUCACCAACGAGCAGCGUGUUGACCCUGUCCACAACCCUGCCGAGAAAGACUCGGACGUCCAGCGCAAGAUCCGUCACGCUGAGAAGGAAGGUGUCAAGAUUACAGACUACGAUCUUGGCUCUCCUCCACCGCCUGAUGUCAAGCAGAAGGUUGAUGCCCGUGUCGAGGACUGGGUCAAGGGCCGAAAGGGGCGUCAGGUCCAUCUGACCAACAUCCACCCCUGGCAGGACGAGGAGCAUCGCCAAUACCACAUCGCGUACCAGCCAGACGGCACCAUCUGCGCCCUCGUCGCCAUGGCUCAGUUGUCACCCACAUACGGCUGGCAAGUCAAGUACUCGCUCGACUUCCCCAACGCGCCCUCCGGCUCCAUCGAGUACAUCGUCACGCACGCCUUGAAGAAGGUCGGUGCCGACGGCGCCGCGACCGUCACUUUCGGCGGCGGCGCGAGCUCCACAUUCGCCCCCGGACACAACGUCAAGGGCACGCGGGUCAAGGUGCUUAGCCGCGCAUACCACGCCAUCGCCACGGAGCUCAAGCUCACCAACAAGACCGAGUUCCGCGAGAAGCUCGGUGCAGUCGAUGACCCGAGUUACAUCUGCUACCCGCCUCACGGGCUGGGCCCGAUGGCCAUCAAGGCGAUUCUGAACUUCUUCGAGGACGACUCCAUGUAGAGUGGUAGUGUGGUGGUAUUGGGAAGCGAAGGGGAUGGAUGGAUAGAGAAAGCGAUGGGAGAUGAGUGCAUGAUACCAAUGAGCGUUUUAUUCAGCAGAGUCAGUCAGUCAGUCAGUCAAUCAGUCUUGUGGGAUUCUGAGCCGUGGGUGGUUGUGGUAUGAAGUGGUGUGGUGGAUUGGAUUGGAAACUUUGGUGAAGCAUUUUCUCUUUUGCCUGGGCUCUAGAUAGUUAGUUGUAGCUUCCUUAAUCUAAUACCCCUUUCCGCCG